UAUGGUUGUUGGCUAGUCAGGAUUGGGGAAAUCCACUUUCAUUGAUGUCUUACUCAAAAAGAAGUUAGGCAAUGGUCAAAUCAUAAGAGAUUCCACUCUACAAAUCCAAGAAAUAUAAGGUAAUUUAAUUCAUUCAAAAACAAAGGCAUAAUCAACUAAAAUGAUUUAACUUUGAAUAUCAAAUUUAUUGACACCCCUGGUUUCAAACAUCAAUACAGUCUCAGAUCUUGGCUUAAGCUCUUAUGUGGAUACAUUAAGAAUUAAUUUAAGUCUUAUCAACAAAGAUAAAAUCAAUAAUAUGAAAGCAAAGAGAAAUUUUAGUAAUUGUCUUAAUAAGAAUUCGAUGAAAGAGUGCAUGUAUGUUUUUACUUUUUCUCUGGCCCUAGAAUUUAAACAGAAGAUUUGUAAGCACUCAAAAAGAUAAGUGGAUUGGUGAAUGUUAUUCCCAUCUUAGCCAAGGGUGACUCCUACACUAAAAAUGAGAUUAUUUAACUUAAAUAACAAUUUAAUGAUAUGAUAAAUCAUUAUCAUAUCGAUUUGUUCAAAUGCUAAUGCAAUAACAACUUCCAAGAGAAAAGUCAAUUUGGACCCACACUUCCUUAUGUGAUCAUAAGUUCAGUAGAAUAAUUUCAAGUAGGAAAUCUUCUCAUCUAUGGAAGGUAAUGAAUGGAACUAUUAAAUAUAGAAAGUUUCCUUGGGGGAUCUGUGAUAUUUUCAAUCCUCAACAUUCUGAUUUGAUAAUCUUAUAUAAAUCCUUAAUUGGCCAUUAUUGUUUAGAAUUGAUUAAACUAACAGAUUUCCUUUAUAACAAUUAUGUAUAAAAAGAGAAAUAGAAAUUGAAGUUAAAAUAAUAAAGUGAAUACUGGUUGGUUAAUUUGAUAAGCUACCUAUUUAAUAGAUGA